AUUUGCUAUAUAUAUUGCUUGAUAUCAUGGUCUUGUAAAUAGUUUGGUAGUUGCAUAAACAAAAGGCUAAAAUAUCAAAAGGCCCCCAAAGUUUUAACCCCUCAUAACUAUGAAAGUAUCGGAAGAUCCCCCUUAAUAUAAGUUUGGCGUAGCGACUGAUCACUCAUGACCUUUACCCAGACGGAGGCUCUCAACACAUCCGCGUGAUCUUCUUCACUCACUGAGAUCUAGAGUUGGGUUUAGGGUUCCACGAUGAGGUACGUUCACAUUAUAUAUCUGAAGCUGCUAAAAGUUUUUCCAUUUUUAACAAUUUCUACAGGUCUGAAUGAAACCUGAUCUUUGGGGGUAACAAUCGUUCCUUUUGUAAUGUUUGAGUUCUACACGCCAAAUCUAGUGAGAGGAAUUCAUUGUUAGCGGUUUGGAAUGCACUACAGAGAUGCACUACUGAAAUGUUAAUUCAAUAACCGUAUCCACCUGCAAAUUACAAGGAGUCGUAUGAUACAAAAAGAUUAUUCAGAAUUUGCUCAUCUUUUGCAAGCUUUAGAAGCAUCAUAAAAAAAUUACAACAAAGUUUAUUGGAAGGUUCCAGUGGGUUUGGCCCGCGUAGAGACGUACUACUAUGUUGCUGAUUGCUUAGUUUACACGGAGAUUUAAUAGUCUAGUUUGACUAUGACGAGUGACAGCCUGUAGGAGUUCGGAAAGGUGCGUCAAAUUUAAUGGAUUGUUGCCUAAAUCUGCCAAAUACUCCGCACUCACAUGGGCAACACUCCUCUCAAGUCAAAUACUACGACCCCUUUCAUAAUUAUUACCUUGGAUCAAUCGAGUUAGUUUACCCCUCUUAUAUAUAUAUUUACCCUACAUACCAAUUACCACUACAGACCUGAUCCCCUUCACUCCUCCGAGCUCCAGCCAUGGCUGCAAAAGAUCGCCUCAACUUCCAAUAUUGCAUGUGUUGUCUUCUCUUUGCUCUCUCUGCUCUCUCAUCAGUCUCGUUCAUUUAUUGGUCUCAAGGCCCUGCUCCCUGUACGAUUGACUCCGUCAUCAGUACCCCACGAGAGUACUACAACCAAUCUUUCAACCUCCUCUCUUUUCCCUCUGCAUGGAACCAACUCUCCUUCUCUCAAAGGCCUCCCCCAAGAAAGCUCAAGAUUGCCCUUUUCGUCAAGAAAUGGCCUCAUCAAAAUCGCGCAGGCGGGCUCGAGCGCCAUGCUUUGACCCUCCAUCUCGCCUUAGCUAGGAGGGGCCAUCAGGUUCAUGUGUUCACCACCUUAUCAAAAAACUCCACGCUCUCGAAUCACCCGGCCUCCAUGAAAAUUCACCAAACCCCCCCUUCCCCCGGUGGUUACCUCAACCAAGCUCUGGCUUGGGAGCAAUUUCGCACCCAAAACAUGACAGGCAAACCUUUUGAUGUGAUCCAUACCGAGAGUGUCGGUCUUUUCCAUGGGCGGGCUAGGAAUAUUAGCAACCUCGCUGUUUCUUGGCACGGGAUUGCUUAUGAAACUAUACACUCCGACAUUGUUCAGGAUCUCUUAAGGAGUCCUAACGCGUCUCGUCAUCCUGGAAUAACAGAGAGAUUACCUAAGGUGAUCGAAGAGGUGAAGUUCUUUCGUGAUUAUGCUCACCAUGUCGCUACGAGUGAUCAUGUUGGCGAUGUGCUCAAGAGAAUUUACAUGAUUCCAGAAGAACAGGUGCAUAUCAUUGUGAAUGGAGUAGACGAAAAGGUAUACAAGCCAUAUUCGAUGAGAGGCGAGGAAUUCAGAAGGAAAGUCGGGGUACCAGACAGUGUGACAUUGGUAAUAGGAAUGGCCGGGAGAUUAGUGAAGGACAAAGGGCAUCCCCUUAUGUUUGAAGCCUUCAAACAGGUUCUUAAUGAGAGUGAGAGCUUUCGAGGUAACGUAGCAGUUGUUGUUGCUGGGAACGGUCCAUGGGGUGGUCGAUAUAAGGAACUAGGUCCAAACUUGCAUGUGCUUGGUCCUUUAGAGCAGCCUCAACUAGCAAUGUUCUAUAACUCUCUCGAUGUCUUCUUAAACCCAACAUUAAGAGCUCAGGGUCUCGAUCACACGUUUAUAGAAGCAAUGCUUUCUGGAUUGCCCGUAAUGGGAACCCGCUUUGCAAGCAUUACGGGCUCCUUAAUAGUGAGUCCAGAUAUCGGCUACACAUUUUUACCGACAGUAGAUUCACUCAAGAAGUCGUUGUACAAGGUAUUAGAAGACGGAAAAGAAGUUCUUAAGAAGAAAGGAGAGAUUGCUAGAAACAGGGCACAGCAUCGUUUUACCGCCACCAAGAUGGCGACUGCCUACGAGAGGCUCUUUCUAUGCAUUUCCAGAGAAGCUGAAGUGAAAGAUGACUAUGAUUAUUGCACAUACCCACUUCCAUUUGAUUAGGCCAAGUGACGUGCUAUUGCUAGAU